AUAAAACUACGCGAUCAGAUUUACACUCUGCCAAACAUGCAUUAACCCACGUCACGGUAACGGUUAUGCUAAUCUAAAUAGAUGGUCUUCAAGAUCCCUCAUGAAUUGCAAAAGGCUUCGGUUUCAGAAAACAGGAACAGCCAAGAAAAAUGAGGUUACAAGGAAGUUGCCAUUGCGGGGCAGUUAAAUUUACCUGCGAGUCCAAGAAUCCCGUUCCUUACCAGUUAUGCUACUGCGGAGUAUGCAGAAAGACUGCAGGGGGUGGAGGUUACGCCAUUAAUCUGGCAGGCGAAGCGAGUACUUUAAUAGUGAGCGGAGAAGAAAACAUUACUGUAUAUCAGGCCGCCAUUCAAAAUCCAGAGGACUCCUCUGCUCAGGUGAGCAGCGCGAGGAGAAGGUUCUGCAAAAAGUGUGGAUCUGCACUGUGGUUGGACGAUCCGCAAUGGGCAGACCUCAUCCACCCCUUUGCCUCUGCUAUUGAUACAGAUCUGCCACUUCCUCCCACUAAAACCCAUAUCAUGGUUGAUUUUAAGCCCUCGUGGGUUCAACUCGAUGAAAGCCCUGCUGCAACGGAUAAGAAAUUUGGGAGAUACCCGGAGGAAUCCAUUGCCGACUGGCACAGUCGCCAUGGCCUUCAAUUCUAAAAUCUUGGCAUGUAGCAGAGAUUUCAGGGGGAAAAUCAAAUCAAAAAAUCUUCAUCUACAAAAUUUAGUAGUAAUGAAACUUUGUAAUGGAUGUUUUAAGUUUCUUUGAAAGGGUUUGGGAAUUGAAAUUAUGAAAAUAUAUCAGCCAUUGUUUA